GUGAUAAAUAAGUGUUAUCAAAUCAAUUUUUUUUCAUUUGAGGUGGUUUUUCUGGGACUUCACCACCUUCAGUGAUCAAUGCUACCUCCAGUGACAAGACAAGCAAUUCACAGGGUUUUGAUUUCUUUGGGCCAAUCAAACCUCAACCAAUGCGUCCGGCUGCCCCAAAACCCACCCCUAAUUUGGCCCCGAGUUAACCCCCUACGAGACCCAUGUAUCCAGGCCAGCGAGCAAGGUUCGCACCACCACUGCAGAUGUAUAAGGACUACCCAACUGCUCCAAACCCCAUGUACCGGCCCCCUAGGCCUGCUCAAAUGAGCCCUGGGUACUAUAGCCCCAUGCAUGACCCCAGUGGCCCCCAACUUUCUCAGUGUAAUCAAGAUUCUCACACACCUCAAAGGGAUUCGUCUGAGAAACAAGGGAAUCACAAAUCUGAUCAGACAAAAGAAAUUCCACCUCUAUUCCAGAAACAAAAGCAACAGAAGAUGGAAAUGGCAGCUGCUCAGAAUCAAAAUAUAGAAGCAUCUCAGACCAAAUCUGCAAUGAUUACAAUCCUAGAAGGAAAACAACUGCAAUUCCUGUUCCCAUUGGUCAAUAUUGAAUCCAAACUGUCCAAUCAGAUUGCAGAGAACCCGAUCCCCUCCUCUAUCUACAAAUGGAUUUGACUUUUGACCUCUACACUGACCCUGGGUUUAUCAUUGUGCUUGUUUCAUGCUCUCUUGAUCAUAUCACAAAGCAUAGCAGUCUGGCGGAGGGCAUAGAACGAACGCAAAAUCCAUUGAGGGAGAUUAAAGAAAAAGAGCGCCAACUACUGGUCGAAAUAAAACCUGUAUUGCAGAAAUUUCUUCAUGAUAAGCCAAAGUUACAAUUGUAUGCUUUGUAUGCUGUUCAAGUCUUCUGCUGUAACAAGGAAUUCCCGAAAGGUCUUCUGCUCCGAUUGUUCAAGGGUCUGUAUGAAGAAGAUGUUGUUGAUGGGAGACUUACUAUGUGUGGAAGGAAGAUGUUAAUGAACAGUAUUGUGGAAAGGGGAAGGCAUUGUUUCAGGUGAACAAAUGGCUGGCUUAGCUUCGUGAAGCUGAAACAGAUGACGAAGAAGACAAAUAAUGUUUGAGAUUGUUGUGUCAUAAUCAGCACUUAUGAUGUCAUAAUCAACCAAUGUGAUGUAACAAUCAGGCAGUGUGAUGUCACGCUAUUUUGUGCAGUACUAUUGGCAGAGAAUCAAUUAAUGUUGGUUUGUGAUGUCACAAAACAAAUAUUGUGAUAAAACAAAAACUAUAGUUGAAUCACAAAUAAACAAAAUACUACAAUGCACUAUAUUGUAAAUAAACUUCUCUUCCAAUUUUUGAGAACCACCUUGUAAUUAUUAUUGUUUUUGUCUGUCAUAGUUUGUGAGUUCCGUUAGUCUGCCAUUUUCCCGAGAACUAUUUCUGCUUUUUGAUACCAAUUUUUUAGUCUUUUUAUGCUUUGUAGUGAGUUUUAUAAAUUUUGUGGAAGUUCAAAGUUCAACACUACAGUGAUAAAUUUUAAAAAAUUAGAUUAGUUGUCAUUUAGAAUGUUGAAAUCUCAAUCUAUUAAACAAUUUUGAAUUAUGGAAUGUAAAAUAAUUCAAAUUGUGGUAAUACAUCAAACAUUUAGCGUCAGAAAAAGAUGUUGGUUGUUCAAAAAGUGUAAAGAAUAUUUGCGCUGGCUUUUGAUAUAGAAAUUUAAUGCCUAAUCAUGUAAAAUAUUCAUUAUAGGGAGGGGGCUUUCCAAUAAGCCGUAUAAUGGCUGUAUAGCUGUGGUUCCCAACCUUUUACGCCUCGUGG